AUGGAUGUAAUUGGGCCAAACGAGCCGAAAGCUUCAAAUGGGCACAAAUUCAUCUUGGUUUCCAUUGAUUAUUUCACAAAGUGGGUCAAAGCAAUCUCUUUCAAUGCCAUCACCAAGAAAGUAGUGGUGGACUUCGUGCAUUCCAACAUUAUUUGUAGUUUCGGUAUUCCUAAAACUAUCAUUACAGAAAAUGCUGCAAACUUAAAUAUCCAUUUGAUGAGGGAGGUAUGCGAACAAUUUAAAAUUACGCAUCCUAAUUAUACCCCUUAUCGGCCCAAUGCUAAUGGCGAUGUUGAAGCUGCAAACAAGAAUAUCAAAAAGAUCCUCAGGAAAAUGAUUCGAGGUUCCACACAAUGGCAUGAAAAGUUGCCAUUUGCAUUAUUGGGAUAUCGCACGACCGCGCGCACAUCAGUUGGGGCCACUCCCUACUUAUUAUUUUAUGGCACUGAAGCCGUAAUACAUGCAGAAGUUGAGAUUCCUUCUCUUCGGAUCAUUGUUAAAGCCAAGAUCGAGGAUGAUAAAUGGGUUUAA